AUGGCAUCGAAAUGUCCUGCUUCAAAAAUUACUGAAGAAAUGCGAUCGUAUGUAUUAAAGGAACACAAUAAGCUUAGAUCGCAGUUAGCAAACGGUGAAGCAAAAGCGAAAUCGAACGGACUUAUGCCAAGAAGUUCGAACAUGCAUGAAUUGGAGUGGGACUGCGGCCUGGAAGAAAGAGCGCAACAGUGGGCUGAAUAUUGCGAUUUCGAGCAUUCAACGCAAGAAUUCCGUAAUUAUAGCGGUGAGAAUUUGUAUGCCAGAUGGGGAUAUGAAGAACCGAAAUUAGAUAAAAAACAAUUCGAAGAUGCGAUAGAAGGAUGGUGGUGGGAGGAAAUAAAAGAUAUGCCAGCACAUUCUACUAUGGAUGGUACUCCAGGAAGUGUUUUGCAUUUUACUCAGAUGGCGUGGGCAAUCACAAGCAAACUUGGCUGUGGAAUGGCCAAAUGCCACAAUAAUAAUGGAUACCCAUUUAUGGUUCAUGUCGUUUGCCAUUAUGGCCCAAGAGGAAACUGGGAUAAGACAAUCUAUGAAGAAGGUGAACCAUGUAGCAAGUGUCCGGAUUAUGGCAGAGUAUGUAAUGGUAAUGGUCUUUGUGCUGCUGGUGAUAAACCCGCUGAAGCGACUCAUGAUGAUGAAACUCCAAGCGAAGAGCCUGAAGAAGAACUUAUAAGCCAUGAGGAAACCGAAAUGCCAAGCGAAGAACACACUGAAGAUGAAACGAUAAUGCCAGAGGAAAUUGAAAAGCCUGAUAGUUCAUGUUCUGCAUCGAAGAUUACUUCGGCUGGUCGAGAAAAUAUUUUGAAGAAGCUUAAUGACAUUCGGACGAAAGUUGCUAUGGGCCAGUUCUCGACAUCAGAUGGAACGUAUCCAGCAGCCAAGGAGAUGUACAAACUGAGAUGGAAUUGUACGUUGGAAAAGCUGGCUCAGAAACACGUGGAGAAAUGCAAAUAUGAUCACUCGGAAUAUUUCCACAAGCAUUUUUAUGGCGAUGGCGUUGGUGAAAGUUUGUUUUCGAAAUGGACUUUUGACAACAAUCCUACAGGCGUGUUAAGACGCAUUCGUAAACGACUUAUUCGCAUUAGUCUAGAGCCUUUCAUCAGCAAAAUGGGUAAUUGGGUCGAUUCACUUGCUUUUUGCUAA